GUCAUCUCUUUUAUUAGAAGUCAUACACAUACCAGCUGACGAGCGCGUACGUCGCUGACCGAAAUUAAACAAGUAUAAACACAUUUUAUUCUAUCAUAUUCAUUUCAUCAUAAGCAAAACAGAGCCAACUAGUCGCAAAUAAUUCUUGUGACCUUUUUAUCAUCAGCAUUUUACAUAUCAGCUUUAUGAAAUGAGUCGGUACCGGCGCCUGUCCCUGCACCUGAUGACUUGGCCAUGAACCAGCUCGAAAUAUCCCUUUCUAAUGUUUGAUUAACGCAUCUACUACCUACUAUCAUCCUCUCUUCCGGUCCGUGACAAUGGGCCCCCUUACCAGGAUCUCCCUGGCCGUUCUCGCCAUCUGUUUUAUGGUCUUUGUCGCGUUUUUCGGCAGGCUACCGGCUUUGAGACAUACCCCGAUAGCCUGGCUGCACCGCGCAAUAUGGGUGUAUAUACCAAAUGCUAUCCUAAGCCUUGACCAGCGCCUCACCUCAGGCCGCCUCACCACGGCGCUGGGUAGAUUUGGCACUUGUGUCAUGUACGACCGGCACCCAACAGUGCUCAUUUUCUUCAUAUUGCUACUGUCCGUGGGCGAGUUUAUGUUCCUACCAGGAGUAUGGCCGCGCUUGAGCCUCCUUCAUAAGACUCUAGGAAGCAUAUCUAUUAUCUUACCGUAUCUAUUCUUGUACCUUUCCGCGGCUGGCGACCCGGGUAUCGUUACCCCCGCUAAUCACUCCCGUUACAUGUCCCACUACCCGUACGACUUUGCGCUUUUCCGGCCAGGUCAAACGUGCCGAACAUGUGGGCUACUAAAGCCCGCGCGCUCUAAGCACUGCUCCGUCUGCAAGCGCUGCGUUCACAAGAUGGACCACCACUGUGUCUUCAUUAACAACUGCGUCGGCUACGGUAAUCAGCAUUAUUUUAUCCUCCUACUUCUUUCGACCGCCGUUCUAACUUUGUAUGGUGGUAUUCUCGGCCUCGGUGCAGUCGCCGACGCAGCGCGCACGCGCAACAAGUCGUUCGUGAUGUUCCCGAAACCAGCGAGUUGGUCCUGGCAUGAGUAUUUGAUGGUUCUCACCGUGGGCAUCCAGGACGACGUGGGCGUAGGGUCUAUCACGCUACUUACGCUGAUGACGACACCUCUGGUCUGGGGCCUGCUUGGAUACCACGUCUACCUGAUUUACUGCGGUACGACUACUAACGAGAGCAUGAAAUGGCAGGACUGGCAAAUGGAGAUGGAUGAUGGUUGUGCAUUCAAGCGCUCCCUGCCACUUGACCGUGCUAAAAACCUGCGUCACGAGGCAGCCUGGACGCGAUGGCCCGUCGACGCAGUCCAGGUAAUCGUGCGCACAGAGGACGGCACGCCGCCGGAUCCGAACAUACCCACGGGCGUCGGCGAGUGGGAGCGCGUCUGGCGCUUGCGCGAUGUUGAAAACUUGUACGACCUCGGCUUUUGGGAUAACCUAGUCGACGUCUUCGUGCCCAACUACUAUUUUCGACGGGCAGAUGUCUCAGCGGCAGAUCUGGAGAGGGGCAAGAGGCGGGCUAAAAAGCCGCCUAAAGCCCCGCGAGCAUCAAACUUAGUAGCUGCCGCUACGUAAUUAAACCACACUAGUAUCAAGUAAAUUAUA